UAGUUCAUCAUUGGUUCUGCCGAAAGCCGAACCUGAGCCAAAAUGAAGCUGCUGCUGCUCUUCUGGAUGCUGUGUGGAGCGUGCGCUGUCAACGUGGCCGAGGCAGAGCCCUGCGAUCAGCCGCCGGGUGUGAAGGGAGUGUGUAGGAUGGUGUUGCCCAGAUAUACCUACAAAAAAGCCGAAAACGAAUGCGAAACGUUCUUCUAUGGAGGCUGCAACGGCAAUGAAAAUCGGUUCGAGACCCUAGAAGAGUGCACCAAGACCUGCGUGAAGCCUGCGUGAAGCGUGCGUGAAGCCUGCGUGAAGCGUGCGUGAAGCGUUCGUGAAGCCUGCGUGAAGCGUGCGUGAAGCCUGCGUGAAGCCUGCGCGGUAGCUAAUAAGCUUUUUGAUAGACAAAUAAACUGGUGUCCUGUUUA